AUGCGCGUCGUGCCACUGCAAAAGUCUAAUGCUGUCAGCGCUAAUGCAAACCGCAACAAUGAGCAGAAGAGCGGGGGCGAAAAGGGCGAGGAACCGGCCGCCAUGUCGUUUAGAAACCGCAUCGAUUCUGUUGUGAGCUGCAGGAGCACGUGGCACGGCGGAUGGGCGGAGAGCGUUGACGGUGUGUGUGCAACUGGCGUGUCGGUGGAUCAUGAGGUUUUUCUUGCGUACUAA